UUACCUUCGCACAGCAAAAAAGUCCGAAAAGAAUAUGCUAAUGCAUCUGUCGGAAUGGCGAUGACAUUCGUCAAUCAUAUUUUGUACGAAAACUGGAGUCCAGCAUUAGUUUCUGAUUGGAUCAAAGGAUUGGAUGAGGCGACGCCCCAGUAUGCUGAUCUGAUACUAGAACAUGGCAUAGGGGGGAGGAAACUGUUAAUGUUGACUCACAAUGAUCUAGAAAAAAUAGGAAUAAACAAACUUGGACAUCAGGAACUUAUUCUGGAGGCUGUUGAUCUCCUUAAAACAUUGAGGUAUGGUUAUGACACAGAGAACCUACAGUACCUUGCUCUACAGCUUGGGUGUAAAGCCAAGAGUUUACAGCGAGAGGUUCAGGCUAGCUCAUCAGAAAACAAUCCUAAUGCUGCCAAUGUAUCUAAACAUUCCACAUCACAUGAUAAACUAUCUGUCAAUAUUCUAUCCUCAGUGUCCGAUCUUAUCACCAGUCUCAAAAGUAUUGUCAACUGGCUUGACAGAACACCAUUUGAGGCAAUUUAUGAACUAUGUCUAGUACGAAAUAGUAUAGUGAAGAUUGGUAUAGAACUAGUGUCUAACUCUCAGCGUGAGACACAGCUUACUGAUAUAGAAAAUAAUAUUAUCAAAUCAUGUGACAACUUGUCAAAGGUGUGUGAUGAGUUAGUCAUCAAGAACAGAGAUCCAUUGGUGAUACAGCCAACAUCAUUAGAGAUAGCCAUCAUUAGGAAGAAACCAGGAGAAGAACUGGGUAUAACUAUACAGUCAGCGUAUUAUGGUAUACAUGUAGUAGGUGGUAUAAAGGAAAUGUCUCCAGCAGAUCUGUGUGGGAAGAUAGAGAAAGGGGAUGAAGUUAUACAAGUCAAUAACAGAACUGUUGUUGGAUGGCAGUUGAAGUCACUUGUGAACAUUCUGAAGGAAAAACCUAAAGAGGUCAACUUGUUGCUAAAGAAACGCCCCCACCAUAUAAACCCAUAUGGUCAGGUACCCAACAAACGUAAACAGAUGAACAAACACCAUGCCCAACAGAUCUCUACUCUGCCUAAAUCUCUGAAGAAACGUAGAUCUCGUGAAGGAGAACCAAAGAAUGCACGCCCAUCUCUACAGGAAUUUGUCAAUCCUGGUAGUAAUCUGUUGUCAGUUGUAGGAGAUGAGAAUGAGAAUGCCUCUGAUGACAAAGAGGAUAUAAACGAUAUAACUGAUGAUGGUAAUGAUACAGAUAACGACGUAUUCCGUAGUGGCUCAGAAUCUCCACAGUACACACUUCCUGUCGUAACUAACACACAACAUAGACGUGCCACGGUCAGCGGUGGUUCUCCAACACUCAGUAGAACACUCCUGAUUAUAGAGGACCCAGACACACCAACCAGACCAAAGUCAUUUACUAUAACGGCAUCUGAUAUCCCACAGAUAGAGUUAGAAACAGUGCCAGGUGAUGAAAACGGCUUUUCAAAGUUUGGUGAUAAGAACAAGGUUUCAGCUCAACAGAAAAGACAGGAUUACAAACAGACCAAAUCUGUUCCUCAGUCCAUGGAGUAUGGUGUCAAGUCUGACACCUCUAAAGCUGACAACACAAGAACACUUCAAAACUUAAAAAAGACUGUAGCAUUACUCGAGGUACCGUCUCAUUUUCAGACUCCUCCCAGGUGUGUGGUCAGCGACUCCAUGGAUAGUCUGGACGAACAAUGGAAUAACGAUUUCUCAAUGACAUCAUCACAGGAGACUUUGACAGAACUAACGGCUAAAAUCUCAACAUUGACAACAUCAGCCAAUGAAAAUGAUACAAUUGAUGAUGAGAAUGAAAAUGAGGCUGACUUUGAUAAUUUGGUAAAAGAUGAUGGUUGUGAUAAGGAAGUCAGCUCUGAGACACAUUCAGAGGAUAAGGGCGGGGAAGAGGCAACUCAACCAAUAAAGGGCAUUUUAAAACAUUUUGAUGAUGAAGAGAAAGGAGAGAAAAUCUGUGAGGAAAAAAGCUUAUCAGACAGUAGAAAACAAACACAGCAUAAUGAAUUAGAGAGAAAAAUUCAAGAGGAAGUCAAAAAAAUAUCUCAGUCUCGUAAAGAACAUGACAAAAAAGAGAUUUCUGGUAGUGAUAAUUUCCAAACAGAACAUGUUAGGAAAGAAAAUUCAGAAAGAGACAAAAAUAUUGCAGGUGUCCAUGAUAUUAAUGAAGAAAGGGAUGAGAGAAAACAGAACAAUGAAGACAUCAACCAUCUGAGUGGCAGUCUGAAAAAACACCAAUCAUCAUUGCCUAACUCAGCUCCUAAAGAUUUAGACGCUACAUUUGUUGAUUACGAUCGACAUUGGAAUACUAGAACAACAUUGGCUCAUGAACAUAAACAUAAAAAUGAACCACAACUGGUCAAGAUCAGGAAGUUAGACUCUGUCACUGCUGUAGAUCGGGAGAAUAAAAAAGUUGAAGGAAAUUCUACACAUAAAGACCCUAAUGGUGAUGACCAAAGUCAAGUCAGUUACACAACAAUAAUAGUGGGAGGUGUACCUCAGAAAAUACCUAUCAACAAAGCACCACAGAUGGAGAUCAGAACUACAAAGAAGUACACAAUGAUAAGAUCCUUGCAUAAUGUGACAAUGAGGAGGAAAACACGGAGGGGAGGAACAGAUUUAAAUCGUCGAGUUUCGUGUAAAGAUUUAGGUCAAGGUGACUGUGAGGGUUGGUUGUAUAAGAAACGUAGUGAUCGAGGAGGAGCCUUCAGUUCUAAGUGGGUCAAAAGAUGGUGUGUGAUGAAGAAUUAUAAUCUCUUCUACUAUAAAAAUAAAAUGGAUCAGAAGGCUGAGGGUGUUAUACAUCUACCUGCUUUCCAAGUUUCCCCAGCUCCAGAGGUCAAAACCAGUAAAUAUGCAUUUAAAAUCCACAACCUAGGAACAUCAUUUCUAUUUUCAUCAGACAGACAAGAGGAUAUGAAAAAAUGGAUGAACAAAAUGGGCCUGGCAGCUAUUGCUUAUGACGAGAAGAAAGUCACAGAUCAUGCAAUAUUUCCUCAUGUAAGACGUCCUAAUGACAACAAUGAUAUUGCAGAGUUUAGUGAAAGUGAUGAUGAAACACUAGACUCAGCCAACACUAGCAAUACAAGUAAAGAUACAGACUCUAGUGGUCAUGGGUCACCUGAUAUAAGGUCAAGGUUACCCGUUAGUGAAGAAGAUGAGGUUGUGUUCAGGAACCGUGGGAGUGGUUGCUCAUCUUUCACAACAGGCAGUCUUUACAGUUGUGUACCAACAGAAUUCUCUGAUAAUUCUGAAUCAUCAACAAUUACAGGGUUUUCACAAAGUACUGACGAUCUGACACAUAUUUAUCGUACAAUUGAAAGUGAAAAUUUGACAUUUGAUGGCAAAGAUAAACAAAAACAAAGAAGAAGUGCAAUAAAAUCUGAGAGUUCUGGAGAUGGGUUACCUUCUGGUGUACAGGUGGAAAAAGUCAAGAAACUUCACUCAUUAGAAAGAACAUUAAAGGCCAAAGAACAAGAAUUAGUAGCCAUUGAUAAACUUUUAGAUGACGGAAUGGGAGCAGAUACAUUAAAAAGAUAUCAAGACCAUUUUCUAUUGUCUGCUUCAAUGAGAUCUUUACCUACACAGUCAGAUUCAGAUGAAGAAAGCUCUUAAGAGACUUUAUUUAUGUUAAUACAUUUUGUACUAGGGACGUCCAUAUCAUGAAAUUCAUGUACAUGAGUAUUUACAAAAUCUGCCUGGACUUACUCCAGCACUAGCCUAAACUCACAAAGACACAUUAAUUAGUUGAUAGAAAAUUAUUGUGGGCACAUGUGUUGAAAAAUUCUUCAACAAGUAAGUUGUCUUUUGAAUUUAUACUUUUUACUGGAAUAGAAGAGUUCCAGCCAACAUUCUGUCUUGAAAAAUGUUUUUAUAAAUUUUGCCCAAAUUACUGUCCGACUUUGAAUAUUUAAUAAUGCAUAUAUAAUAAAAAGUAAAGUCUUGAUACAAUAACUUGUCAUUUCUAAUUUAAGGAGGUUUUUUUAUGAAUAAUAGUGUGCUGUACUGCUAAAUUGUUUCAAAUUAAAACUUGCAGGCUUCUUGUGGUCUUUAUACCAAAUAUAGUAACAAAUUGAUAUAACGGUUAAUUUCAUGUUGUGUCACUUUUUAUUCAUUCUCUUGGGCUCAUUUAGGAAAGGGAUUUAUUGUUUUGAAUUUUUUGUUAACAUGUUAGUUGCUAUAUGAUUGUAGCCAUUUUUAGCUGCAGUAUAAAAAAUAUAUUAGAUAGGUGUUGGAAAUAGCAACUUCUUGUAUUCCACACAAAUAAAUCUGGUGAAAAAGAGAAUUCUAAACCUUUCCUGAGGUUUUUUAGCUUGCUAUUUUUUUGAAUGAUGUAUAUUAAAUCAGAAAUAAAAUAUUUAACAAAUGUUCCAGCUUAAAUGUACAAUAUCAAUUACUUCCCUUGAACUUUCCAUUGUUGAUUUUAAUUUCAUAGGUGUCUGUAAUAUCAAUACUAAGUAUGUUUUGAUACAGCUACAUUUUAUGGGAAAACUAAGUUAAAAUGUUGUAUUUAAACUAAAACCAAAUAUAGUGAUGUAAAAGUGUUAUGUGUUAGAUAUAUUGUUAUCUGUUUAAUGAUUAAUUAUAUGAUAUAUAUUUUGUCAUCCCUUUGACAGGGAGUUGAGUAUCAAUAAAUGUUGUUAGAUUGG